AGACGCUCCAACAGCCCUUGGAUUCGACCUCCAUCGUCGCCCGAGAAUCCCACAGCCAUUGUCCUCCACAACGUCGAAGCUCCAGCUUCAAACAUCAGACUACAACCAAAGCCUAGUAAUCCCACCUCGCGAUAAAGACAGACGCCUUUCUCUUCGGAACCAUCUGCACUUGCAGCACGUUGCAGCACGCGACCAACCUCGCCUCUGCCACGCAGGAAGGUUCUGCCUAGCUCGCAGGACAGUCGACAUCUCGCGGUCAGCUUGCCAAACACGUAUCCUCAACCAUGGAGGUCGCCUCGACAGAUCUGGGCGCACUUGCACUGCAAAAUGCCAAGCGCUCUAAAGCCCUGUUCGGAAGCCAGCCCGCCGAGUCGACUCGCAAACGGUUACGUAUCCUCGAUCCCGCCGAGGCGCAACUCGAGAAAGAGGCCAUUGCCUUACGGCUACAUGCGGAGUACAGCGAUUUGAGGGAGCUGCCCACGCCGCUCGCCCAGAAACAGGCAAAUGCUGCCGGCGCCAAGGGCAAAGGCCCCAGGAAGAGCGCCGUGACCGCGGGUGGAAGUGGUGCUGCCCCGGAAGAUCGCAAGACACAAAAGCUCAUCGAGGGCAUCCCCAGCAGAUCGGCACCAAAUGGCUCAAUACCGUCGCCAUCGAAUGCUCUGGUGCGCUCGACGCGACAACCACCCCCAUCCACACCAGGCAUAAGCGGCAGCAGUGGCACCUCACAGGCACUCUCAACAGCACGCGCACAGGCGGCGCACCACGUCAAGCCGGACUGGCACCCACCGUGGAAGCUCAUGAGGGUUAUUUCAGGUCACCUGGGUUGGGUCCGGGCCCUGGCGGUUGAGCCCGAGAAUCAAUGGUUCGCCAGUGGUGCAGGCGAUCGGACCAUCAAGAUCUGGGACCUGGCCACGGGAAACCUACGGCUGACUUUGACUGGCCACAUCUCGACGGUUCGCGGAUUGGCAAUCUCCCCAAGGCAUCCAUAUCUCUUCUCCUGUGGCGAGGACAAAAUGGUGAAAUGCUGGGACCUGGAAACGAAUAAAGUUAUCCGGCACUACCACGGCCAUCUCAGCGGUGUUUAUACGCUAUCCUUGCACCCAACACUAGAUGUUCUGGUUACAGGCGGCAGAGACGGCGUCGCUCGCGUUUGGGACAUGCGUACACGCAGCAACAUCCAUGUUCUCUCCGGCCACACGCAGACGGUCGCCGAUGUAAAGUGCCAAGAAGCCGACCCACAGGUCAUCACGGCUUCGCUGGACUCGACGGUGCGGCUGUGGGAUCUGGCAGCAGGCAAGACCAUGUCUGUCCUCACACACCACAAAAAGGGUGUCCGCGCGCUCGCGCUGCACCCUACAGAAUUCACCUUUGCCACCGGCAGCACGGGCAGCAUCAAGCAGUGGAAGUGUCCCGAGGGCGCGUUCAUGGGCAAUUUUGAGGGUCAUAACGCCAUCAUCAACUCACUCGCUGCCAACGAGGACGUUCUCUUCUCGGGCGGUGAUAAUGGGUCCAUGAGCUUCUGGGAUUGGAAAACUGGCCACCGCUUCCAGGCGCUCGAUUCAAUUGCGCAGCCCGGCUCACUCGAUGCCGAGGCUGGCAUCAUGAGCUCAACCUUUGAUCGCACGGGCUUGCGCCUGAUUGUCGGCGAGGCUGACAAGACCAUCAAGAUCUGGAAGCCUGACGAGAAAGCCACCCCCGAGACCCACCCACUUGAGUGGAAGCCGACUCUGGGCAGGCGCAAGUACUAAGGGCGUCAACCGAUGGGAUGGCCAGGACGAAAAAUGUACAUAUUUUGUCGAAAGAAUAAGUUCCUUGGUGACGUGGAGAUGGAUACCCUUAGAUAAUGCACAUUUGGCAUGCCUAUUUAAGCAUAUCAUGGCUGCU